AUGGGUGAUCGGUACCGUAGUGCACAGUCACCACGAAACAGCAGUGGUGGUGUAUCCGAUGAGCGCUUUAGUAAGCUCGUGUCAGAGACCAGCAAGGGCAUCUCAAGUUUUAACCAGCUCACACGUAGCAUUGCACAGAAAAUGUCGUUGUUUGGUACACCACAAGACUCACGUGCAAAUCAUGCGCAGAUCAAGGAUCUUACGGAGAAGGGAAAUAAAAUUGUGGCCAAAAUCAAUCGCCGACUGCAGGAGCUUAGCCGUGGUGCGAAAGGCCCCAACAGCCGCACAAGACGUACGCAGGUCAAUAAGCUUUCCGCCGAUUUUAAGAAUCAGGCGCGCGUAUUUGAGGAAACUUGUGAACGGUUAAUGGAGUCAGAGCGACAGUCGGUCGAGUUUAUCCGUCGCUCGUCGCAGAGUUUUAAGGGCGGAGAUGGAGGCGGAGGGUUCACUAACUAUAGUGAAGACCAGAUUUAUGCACAAGCUAAUGUGGUCAUUUACGACGAAGACGAUUUACAGCGGAGAGAAGAUGACAUCAUUCAAAUCAACCACCAGCUGCGGGAGGUGAAUGCAGCUUUUCAAGAGAUCGACGGACUUGUGCAAGAUCAAGGAGAAAUGGUGGUCGAGGUUGUGGACAAUACCGAAACGGCCAAAGAAAACGUGGAGAAGGCACUGGUUGAGGUGCGACAGGCAGAGGAGCGAAGGAAUUGCUGUGCUUGCUCACGGAUGAAGCUAAUUUUCAUCGUCAUCCUCGCGCUCCUCGUCUUUAUUGCUUUGAUAGGAAUUGUUUCUACCGCCAAGUAA